AUGAUUACGCUCACCUAUGCUGCUAUCACCGGUCUCCUGGUGCUGGUGUACUUUGUGAUAUGGCCUGUCUUUGAAUACUUCCGAGACCCAAAGGGUCUGCGGAGGUAUCCCAACAUGUCCUUCUUUUCUGGCAUCUCCGCCAUUCCCUUCAUGUUGAUGGCAUCGCGCAAGUUCCGAUCAAAAGAGCUCCAAGAGCUUCACCAAAAGCACCCCGUCCUUCGUACCGGCCCAAACACUCUCUCCUACGGCGACGUUCGCGCCAUCAAGGAUAUCUACGGACAUAACACACGCUGCGGCAAGGACCCGUCAUACAUCAUCUCGGCUGGUUCUCACUACCACCUUGCCGACGUUAUCGACCGGGCGGACCACUCCCGCAAACGCAAGGUUCUCUCCUCCGCAUACGCCCUCAAGAAUCUCGAGACAUGGGAGCACAAAGUCAGCGACAAGAUCGCCCGCCUGGUCAAGCACUUUGACAGUGUCUGCACCGCCCCUCUCCCUGCUGGCCAGGAAGAGCCCAACCCUGCCGACCUCACUGUCGACUUCCGAGCAUGGACCAACUUCUUCAGCCUGGACGCCAUUGUCGACAUCGGACUCAGCCUGAAACUCGGCUUCCUGGACCAAGGCCACGACGAGUGCACAGCCGAACGCAAGGACGGCACCACCUACCGCGCCUCGCUCCGCGAAGCCCUCUACCCCAACGCCCGCAAACAAUCCCUCCUCAUCUGGAACUACGACUGGUACCCAAUCAUCAACCGCUGGGCUAACAUAAUCCCGUACUUCGCCCGCAUGCAGAGAUCCAGCGACACCUGGGAAGACAUCGUCUGGCACCACGCGAUGGAGCGGCGCCGACGCUACGAAGCCGGCGAAAAGCUCGACGACUUCUUCUCCGCCAUGAUGCAAGACAAAGCCGGCCACGCCCUCGGCCUCGAAUGGGGCGAGGUCUGCGCCGAAAUCAAUAUCAUGAUGAACGCCGGCUCUGUGACCACCGCCAUCGCCAUCACAAACGUCAUGUACCAGCUCCUCCGCAACCCGUCGUGCCUCGCGGCCCUCCGCGAGGAAAUCGACUCCGUCUACGACACCGAAGACGAAGUCGUCGCCUCCUACGACAAAGUAAAGCACCUCCCCUACCUCCGCGCCUGCCUCGACGAGUCCCUGCGCAUCUUCCCGCCCACCUCCCACGGCCUCCCGCGCGAGACUCCACCAGAGGGAAUGGAGAUUCUCGGCCAGUGGGUGCCGGGAAAUACAUCCGUCAGCAUGUCCGCGUACGUCGCGCACCGCGACGAGGGCGCAUUCCCACAGGCUCACCUGUACAAGCCUGAGCGGUGGCUCGGCGAGGAGGGAAAAGCGCUCCAACCGUACUUUGUUGCGUUCAGCGCAGGCGCGAGGUCGUGCAUUGGAAGGAAUAUCUCGUACCUGGAGCAGACGGUGAUUCUGGCGACACUGGUGCGGAGAUAUGAGUUUGCGUUGCCGAGUAGGAGCUGGGAGUUGCAGAGGGAGGAGACGAUGAAUAUGAUUCUGGGACCAAUGCCGGUUAAGGUUUGGCGCAGGGAGUUGGGUGAGGCUUAG